UGGCAAGAGGUGGGGAGAGAGGGGGGAGUCCAGUCCCCGGGCGACUGGGCGCACGACUGCCAGAGGCGAGCGGAGCGGAGCCAGGCUGGGCGCAAAAAAAAGCCAAGCGGAGAAGCCGAGAGCAGGACUGCGCGCCAGGGAAAGGACGGCGCAAGACGGUUCCCGUCUGGCUGCCAGGCAGGAUCGGGAUCAGGCGGGCUGCAAUUGCGGCGCUGUCGCUUUCCUCCCCUCCCCUCCCCCGUUUUCUUACCUCCUCCCCAAUUCGGGGAGGGGGCAUCGCUGUUCCGACCAUCUUGCUCCUGCGGAGAGGGGAAGCGAGCGACCCAAAGCGCCCGGGCGUUUGGGGAGCCGCGGUCGGCCCGGAGGCGCCUCUGUGCCGGGGCUUGGGGGGGGGUGGGGGGAGAAGAAAGCCCGGCCCCCGGAACAACGGCCGAGACUGGAGAGCGGGGCGGAAGAUGAGCCGAGAACAAGCUGGGAAGGUACAGUGGCACUUCUUCAUCUUUUCUUUGGGGAGGGGAAACUCAGGAGCGAAGAAACGAUGGGCGAGGAAGAACAUCAGACAACAAGGAAUUAAUGUGGUGGAUGGCUACCUUGCUUGAUGAUGACUUGUAGACAAUCCGAGAGGAACUGACUACAACUGAAGUUGCCAAAGCCAUGAAGACCCACAACACCCCAGAGAAGAAAACAUCAGGCUCCUCCGCUCCUUCUCGAUGGCACAGGAGCAGGUUUCGGCGCAAGCCCUCCCCGCAGAUGGUGGUGAAGGGACAGCUUCGGAUGCGCUCUCCCUCGGGAGUCUUUGUGAUGGUGGGGAUCUCGGUGGUCUUGGUGGGAAUGACCAUUGCCGUGAUCGGAUACUGGCCUCACCGUACAAAGUCCGGCAGUGGCAGGCCAGGGAGCUCCAAUGUCACCGGAGACAUCAGGAAGGACAUUAAGGUUUCUCCCCAAGCUCGCCCCUUUCUCCACAGUGAGAAAUUGAAGCUCAUUGGGCCGGUCGUCAUGGGUGUGGGCCUCUUUAUCUUCAUCUGCGCUAAUACGAUGCUGUACGAGAACAGAGACAUGGAGACUCGCUUGUUGAUGCAGCAGGAGCUCUAUUCCAUGGGUCUGGAUUUCCCACAGGACCCGGGACCAGCCAGCGAUUACUUUCAAAGGAGAAGGACCACCUCAUCCACCCUCAGGGCCAACGCUGAAUGUGCAGAAGGCUACUACGAGGUGGACCUUUCUUCCAGCGGCUUCCAGUCUUGCUCCAGCCCUGUGAAGAAAUGGGUCAACAGCUGCAAUUCCAGCAGGCUCCAAACCACGACCCAGUUCUUUCAUCACAAGAGCAUCUCACCUUCGCUCUCUCUCUUGAGCAUCCGUUCGGACUCCGGCAACGCCGUGCCAGAGAAUGGAGCUUUCUCCUUUGCUCGCGGAGCGGAGACCGUCCUCUCUACGGCCGUCAAUGCCUUGCCUUUGCCUCUCAUUAAGCUGAACAGCUGUCUUCUUGAAAAGCAGGGCGUUUCUCGGGCAGGUGUCCGGGAUUUGGAAAGCAAAUGUAGGUUGCCAGAGGAGAAGGAGGAGGUACGGAGACUCUCGUGGGCCUUUCUGCCUGGAUGCAACCACGUUGUGCCCAGGAAAGACACCCUUAAAGGCAGCCACGUAGUUAUUGAUAUGGAUAGCACAUCCCACUCAAGCACCUUGGUGGAUAAAUUUCAUGAAUCUGCAAAGAGAGAGUUCCCAAACUCGGGUCAUUCUAAAUCCUUGGAUCUUGGCCAGCCAAGAACGGCAUUGGUGGCGCCCAGCAUAGACAGGAAACACAGGAGCUGGCCUAGGCUUGAUCACAUUGACCUACUCAACUAUGCAAAACUGGAAAGCCAAGGGGAGUCUUCCAACAGGCUUUUGGGGGCCUCAAAAGACCUUUUUAGGGGGGAGAGCAUUUCAUUAUCCCAGGAAAUUCCUAUGAAAACAGGUCAUAUCAUUUGAUCCCGCACCCGAAGGGAACUGUGUUGUUUUGCUAGGUCAGAUUUAGGCAUUGCCAAGAGGAGGGUGGCCGGCUGAUCACUAUUUGCCAUGAGGAUUGCAAUGCUGGCUGCUUAAUUCAUCAGCCAAGGUCUGUUGUCAAUGGAGAAAUAGUUUGGAUGACUUUCUU